AUGAGGCAUUUAUAUCAUCAUUCUUGUUUGCGCCGUAUAUUUUUACUUUUGGUGAGCGUUAUCCCGUUUAAUGAGAGAUCAAAUAAUUCUUCUUCUUCAAAAAAGGGCAAAAUUAAGGGUACUAGUAAUAAUCAAGAAAAACCAAAACAACCUCAAAGAGGUCUUGGUGUUGCUCAAUUAGAGAAGAUUAGAUUGCAUACUCAAUUAGCAAGUAUGGGCAUUUUUUCUCCUGACCAACUUCAUUACCCACAAACUUUUCAUAAUUCUCAAUUUCAGACAGCAUUGCAGCAAGCAGCCAUGGCAGCCGCAGGAGCACCAGCACCAUUUUGCUAUUCAUCACCUUCGGUUCAAUCUUCUUAUGACUAUAAUCAUCAAUACAAUAAUUAUAUGAUGGAUAUGGGAGAUCAUAUGGAAAUGGGGAGCAACAUGAGAUAUGCUGAAUCUCAGCCAUGUAAUACAGCAAGGUGUAACCCUAAUGACAAUUUUUACAUGGUUGGGGACACCCAACAUUUCCCUCCUCAACCAUCAGGGAUGGUUACUAGGCACCUUUUAAGCAAUGUCGAGGAAAAUCCUAGAAGGAAAAGUUUUUACAAAGCUAUGAGCAUUGGCAUUCAGAAUUCUGAAGCAAAUGGAGGUCUAGAUGUUAGGCUGAGAGAAUGGGGACUGAGUGAGAAUCGUAUUCAACUGAAACAAAAUUCAAUUCUCAGAACUAAACGACAGUUAUAA